UUUUUUUUUUAUUUCAAUAAGCAAUGACUACAUUAGAAGAUAAAUCCUUGUGGGAGGCUCAAAACAAUGACGAUGAUAUUGGACAAGAUAUUAUUCGUCUAUCACCUGAAGAAGUGACAAACAGAACUCGCUUAUUAGAGAAUGAUAUCAAGGUCAUGAAGUCUGAAAUCGUUCGUCUUCAACACGAACAAGCUGCCAUGAAGGAACGAAUCAAAGACAAUAAAGAAAAGAUCAAGAUGAACAAGCAACUUCCUUACCUUGUUGGUAACGUUGUUGAGUUACUCGAUGUUGAACCUGAUGAAGAAGAUAGUGAAGGCGCCAAUGUUGAUUUGGACGGACAGAUUAAAGGAAAGUGUGCAGUCAUCAAGACAUCCACAAGACAGACUAUAUUUCUGCCGUUGAUUGGUUUGGUUGAUGCAAGUGAACUAAAGCCAGGAGAUUUGAUUGGUGUGAAUAAAGACAGUUACCUUGUCUUGGAUAAAUUACCAGCAGAAUAUGACUCUCGUGUCAAAGCCAUGGAGGUAGAUGAAAAGCCCACUGAAGACUACAACGAUAUUGGUGGAUUAGACAAGCAAAUUGAAGAAUUAGUAGAAGCUGUUGUCUUGCCCAUGACACAUGCUGACAGAUUUAAAAACUUGGGCAUCAAACCUCCUAAGGGUGUGUUGAUGUAUGGUCCUCCUGGUACAGGUAAAACUUUGUUAGCCAGAGCCUGUGCUGCCCAAACCAACUCUACAUAUCUCAAACUUGCUGGUCCUCAAUUGGUGCAGAUGUUUAUUGGUGAUGGUGCUAAACUUGUGCGUGAUGCCUUUGAAUUAGCCAAAGAGAAAUCACCCGCUAUUAUCUUUAUUGAUGAAUUGGAUGCUAUUGGUACAAAGCGUUUUGAUUCUGAAAAGUCUGGUGAUCGUGAAGUACAACGUACCAUGUUGGAAUUACUGAAUCAGUUGGAUGGUUUCUCUUCUGAUGAUCGUAUCAAGGUCAUUGCUGCUACAAACCGUAUUGAUAUUCUGGAUCCUGCUUUAUUGCGUUCAGGUCGUUUAGAUCGUAAGAUUGAAUUCCCAUUGCCCAAUGAGGAAGCAAGAGCCCGUAUCAUUCAGAUUCACUCUAGAAAGAUGAAUGUGAGCAAAGAUGUCAAUUUUGAUGAAUUGUCUCGCUGUUGUGAUGAGUUUAAUGGUGCUCAAUGUAAGGCUGUCUGUGUUGAAAGUGGUAUGCUUGCCUUGCGUCGUGGAGCAGUGGAGAUCACACAUGAAGACUUUAUGGAAGCUAUUCAAGAAGUACAAGCCAAGAAGAAGAUGACAUUACAAUACUAUGCUUAAAUAAACAAUAUGAUUGGAACAAGAUUGAAA